AUGGUUAUUAAAAUUUCUACUGGAGAUGACGAAAGUAUUGAAUUUGAUGCCGAGAAUCCUCCUCUUGGCUCGAAGUUUGAUGAACUAUUAAAGGUUCUAGAGGAUGGUAAGGUCCCUGUAUCCGUACAAUACAAAAUAACGCAUGGAUAUAGAAGACAUCCAGAGCUUGCUAUGAAAAUACUCGAUCAAUUGAGUAGAAUGGAUGACAAGGAUUAUAACACUUUGUUGCUUCUCCUUGCAUGCAAGCUCCAGGCUGGAAUGGAUGGGAUUGAUGUGGUACAAAGGAUGGAGCUCUUUGAGUCUCCUGUAUUUGAUAUUCUUAAAGGAUUUGCUUCUCUAAGGAAGAAAAGCUAUGAUGGUGCGCUGUUUCUGUUUGGAAAGGCAAGGUUUUCUCUUGGGAUCCAGAUAUGCAAUUAUUAUCUCGGAAGUAUUGGGGAGGCCAAAAGGUUCGAUGACAAAGUUUUGAAGGGAUAUUGCCUUCUAAGGGAAGCCAAAGGUAAUGAAGAUCUCGACGAAGUUAGGCGAUUGUUUAGGGAUGCAGGCAAGAAAGACCUUUUGUUUGGACUUGGGUUUGGGGAUGAAUAUGAAGACAAGGAGAAUAUUGAUGUGAAGAUGAGACUAGUGGGAGAACUCGUCGACAGAGAAGAAUUUUCAAAAGCACAAGAAAUGAUGGAAACCAUGCCGAAGUGCGCUGAGGUUCUAUAUUUAAGAGGAAAGAUAGAACACAAGAAAGGGGAUCUUGAGAAUGCGAAGAAAUAUUACAUGGAAAGUCUUGGGUAUGAUAGAAGCUUUUUUAAGAGCGAGUACAAUCUUCAGAGAAUAGUUCAGGAUAAGAUAGGGGGAGGUUACUAUCCAUGCAGUGAGUUCUGCGACUUCAAGGCCUACCUCAGCCUCAAGAAUGAAACAAGUGACAUGAAUCUGGACGGGUGCAGCGAGGACUUUCGAAAUGUAAUACUAGCCGUGGUUGGGGAUGGGAUGAGAAGAACAGACACUCUGGUAAGAAGGUACAUGAAGCUUAUAGGAAAUCCAUGGAUCGAGAAUUUUGUGGUUAUGAACAAUAUCGGAUAUUCCCUAUGUAGGAAUGUAAGACCUUUUGAAGAAUACGAGGAAAAGCUAGAAGGGAACGAUAGGUUUCUUAUUGGAUCUAUCGGGAUAGACAGAGAAGAUCGAAGAUGUUUGAUUGAUGGAAAGAUGAUUGAGGACAGAGUAAAGGAAGCAGAGAAGUACCUUCUCAGGGCAUUAGACGAGUGUCCCGAUGAAUACAAGGAGGUGAUAAGAUAUAACCUUGGAUAUGUAAUGGAAGACAGAGAGUUACUAACGGAGCUAUCAUUAAAAGAAGCAAGGCAACUCCUGUCAGUUGAAGGAGAAGGGAUAUCUUCCAUCCCCAACGAACUUGAACUGGUAGGCUUCUACCACAUGAAAAGAAAAGAAUUCAAGCUAGCAAAAAAGAUAUUCCAGAAGCUUGACACAUUGUACAGCAGCAUUGGACUUGGGAAUAUAUAUAUUAGAGGCUUCUGCAAGGACAAGGACAGUUCUGCAUUGGGAAAAGCCAUGAAAGCGUUUUCAAGGGGGCUUAAGUCUUAUUAUUGUGGAAAUGGGGUUGGAAUAUGUCUUGCACUGAAAGGAAGGCUAGAAGAGGCUAUCAAUAUUUUUAAUAAUGUGGCGAUUGACUGGGCAGGAGGAUAUGUAAAUCUUGGGAAUGCCUUGAUUCUUUGUAAAAGAUACAAGGAGGCCAUGGAUGUUUUUUCGAAGAUUUCCUUGAUGAGGUAUUCUCGUGAAAUGCUUGAAAAACUUUGCAAGGUUGUUCAUGAGAUUGACGGAUAUAGAUUGUGCAUGGAUGCCGGAAUACCUGGUGCCAAAGAAAAGUUGUUUGAGCUCCUGGUUGAGCAGAACCGUUUAGAAGAGGCGGAGAAGCUGAGGGUCUUAGACCAAAGGCUUAUGAAAAUGUAUGAUGAAAAGAAAGAAGAGGAAAGGAGAAGGAAGGCUGAGUUAAAGAGGAAAGCCGAGGAAAUGAGGGAAUAUAGGAAGAGAAGAAGAUAA